CAAACACAAACACUCUCCUCUCACAAGCACGAUUUUGAUUUCAGACUUUUGAGAUUAAUCAUCUCAUCGGAAAGAAAAACAAAAAACUUCAGUGACCCUUUAUGUUCGAAUCGAACAUGCUUCUCCAUACACUAUCUUCUUCAUCUCCUCCAAUUCACCGUCUCUAUCUUCACCAUUCUCAGAUUCUCCCUUCCUCUGCCUCGCCCAAGAAGAUUUCUCUUCAGGCAGAUACAUGGAAGGACUUUGGCCAUUCGAUCUUUUCAUGAAGUUCCUGCUAGAGGUUUACCAGCUUUGAACAAAGCUUCCUUGAAGAAGCUACCAAUCAAAGGAUUCACCUUUCUGCUAGGGCAGAGCAUGUUGAUGAUUUCUGCUCAUCCACAGUUGGCAGCUGCAGCAGAAAUCAUAAAGCCUGAACCGAUUUAUGAAGUUGGGGAGUUAUUUGAACUUAGUAUUCAGCUUUCUUACUUGCUGUUACUACUGGGUUUGCUUGGAGUUGGUACUUUCUAUGUGAUCCGUCAAGUACUUGUGCGUAGAGAACUUGACCUCUCCGCUAAAGAAUUGCAGGAGCAAGUUAGGAGUGGCGAUGCAAGUGCAACAGAGCUCUUCGAGCUCGGUGCAGUGAUGCUGCGGAGGAAAUUUUAUCCUGCAGCCAACAAGUUUUUGCAACAAGCCAUCCAGAAAUGGGACGGUGAUGAUCAAGAUCUUGCCCAGGUCUAUAACGCACUUGGAGUGAGUUAUGUUCGAGAGGAUAAACUCGACAAAGGAAUCGCUCAGUUUGAAAUGGCAGUGAAGAUUCAGCCAGGUUAUGUAACGGCUUGGAACAACCUUGGGGAUGCUUAUGAGAAGAAAAAGGAGUUGCCUUCGGCAUUGAAAGCGUUUGAAGAGGUCUUGUUGUUUGAUCCAAACAAUAAGGUGGCUCGGCCUCGGCGAGAUGCGUUGAAAGAUCGUGUGAAGCUCUAUAAAGGCGUGGUGGCGGUUAAGUCUAAGAAACGGUGACGGCUAAAGCAAGAAGUGAACUCGAACCAAGAGCCGUUGGUCUCUCUCCCUCUUGUUUUUUUUUUUUUUUUUGGUUUGGUAAUGUGUAAGGAGAUUUUAUGUUAAUAUGAAAAUGAAACUUUGUUGUUUUGUUUUGUCUUAGUGGAACUGGAAUCUCCGAAA